AAAACAUGUGAUUUGAUCGAUAACACCCUUUCGGUCGGAAACUCCUCAUUCGCUCGCUCGCAGAUUUCACACUUUUCCAGCCGGAAAAUGGCCAGCCAGACCCAGGGAAUCCAGCAGCUUCUGGCAGCUGAGAAAAGGGCCGCCGAGAAAGUGUCCGAGGCCAGAAAAAGGAAAGCCCGCCGAUUGAAACAGGCCAAGGAAGAGGCCCAGGACGAAAUUGAAAAAUACAGGCAAGAGAGGGAACGGCAAUUCAAAGAUUUUGAGUCUAAGCACAUGGGUUCUCGGGAGGAUGUUGCUGCCCGAAUUGAGGCAGAGACCAGAGUCAAAAUUGAGGAGAUGAACCGAGCUGUGAAAACGCAGAAAACAGUCGUCAUUGGCCAACUCCUUGACUUGGUUUACGACAUCAAGCCUGAGGUUCACAAGAACUUCCAAGCAGCCAAGUAAAGGAAAGAGAAUAAAAAUAACACACCUUGAAGAUUCACAACAUGCACCGGGAGCAUUUUCAGAAAUUGGUCAAAUCUAUCACAUUCCAGUAUUAGAAUUCCGGCUCGGGUUUUUCAAUUACCUGAAACUCCCCGGUGCUAGAGUCCCAUGUUUAAAUGUAAUCUAAUUAUUCAUGGUACAUAUUAGGGUUGAAAAUGUGUUAAAAAGUUAAAAUUGUAGCUUAGGCUUCUUUUGAGUUAGUCAUUUGUAAAUAUGUCCAAGAAAUAUAUAUACUCAUC